CCCCAGCCCCACGCCCGCCGCCGCCAUGAAGCCCAUCGAAUUCGCCGUCGAAGAUGACCUCGCCGCGGUCGCUUCAGUCCUCGGACAACUCCAUGGCACACGCGCCCGCCGUCCAGGUCAGGCACAUCGCCCACGGACCCGAUGACCAGACGGAGGAGUCGGCGCUUGUGACAAUGGGCAUCAAUGGAAACACACCAGGACGGACCAUCGUCCUCGCCUCUACAACGACGCCACAGUUGGCUGGAACUCAGAGCCCAAGGCAGCUGUCAAGACGAUCAACGAGUCGGUGAAGAAGGCAACGAACGGCCUCAUCAAGGACAUCAUCUGCGAAAGUGAUGUUGUUGGCGUUGCGAUGGACAUUGUGCUCGCCAAUGCAGUCUACUUCAAGGGUGUGUGGCGGCACUCGUUCCAUCCCCACGGCACAUGGCCAGGCACGUUCUUCUGCCUUGAUUGCAGCCAUGCUGAGGCAAGCUUCAUGACUGCGUUCGGCACUAUGUGCAUCGCGUGCUUCGACGCGUUCAAGGUCCUCAAGCUCCCCUACGUGCCGUGGAGGGUGGUGAUGUUCGAAGAGGAAGAGCUUCACUGCUACGAGGCGUGCUACUCCAUGUUUGUCUUCCUCCCGGACGCGCGUGACGGCAUCACAGCCAUGGUGGACGUGGUCACCGCAGCACCGGCGUCUCUGCAGGGCAUCUUGGACCAGAUGACAGAGAGGACUGUCCGUGUCAAGCUGCCCAAGUUCGAGAUCUCCUUCAAGUGGGAUGACCUCGAGGCUGACCUCUGUCGGCUGGGGCUCUCUCUGCCAUUCUCGCCGGAGGAGGCCGACCUGCAGGGCAUGUGCGUGGCGGACGACAUCGCCGCUGAGGGGGACGAGCAGCAGCGCCGCCCUAUGUCCCUGAGCAAGGUUGCACACAUGGCGGUCGUUAAGGUGAGCGAGGCAGGCAGUGAGGGGGUCGAACUCGACAGUUACCUGCGUGGCAGGCCUGAUCUCACCCCAGACUUUGUCGAGUUCAUCGCCGACCAUCCCUUCACCUUCCUCAUCUAGGACUGGUCUGGGGUGAUCGUGUUCGCGGGGCACGUCCUGGAUCCCACCAAGUGAUCGGCGUCAGGAUUCAACAAAGCCGCAUCCAUGUAUAUAUUGGCUAAUACUCUGCAAAGUGCCUUUGUGAGGAGGUGUUGCUUGUUGCUUUUGACCUAUCAGUUAGUAGCUGUCGUGUAACAUGGUGUUUUGUAACACACGGCCUCACUGGGAUAAUUUGGUGUAACUUGAUUGCCUCGCACAACCUUCACCGUUUCGUCAGUGAUCAGAACAAGUUGUGAUGACUGAUGACUGCCUCUCUUGCGGAAUGUGUUCUACACA